UGACGUCAGGUGCGCGCGUGGCUCCCGCUGCGCAGGAACAGCUGGUGUCUCGGAAGGCGGCCCGGGCGCGCGCGGGAGUGGGGUGCUGGUGGCCGGCCGCGGCACGCUGCGGGAGCAGCCGCCGCCGCCUCGCCCCGCUGCACCAUGUCCGGCCAGCUGGAGCGUUGCGAGCGCGAGUGGCACGAGCUGGAGGGAGAAUUUCAGGAACUGCAGGAAGCUCACAGGAUCUACAGGCAGAAGCUGGAGGAGCUGACCGCGCUCCAGACUUCCUGUAGCACCUCCAUCAACAAGCAGAAGACGCGACUGAAGGACUUGAAGCACACACUUCAGAGGUAUAAGCGCCAUGCCAGUCGGGAGGAGGCAGAGCUCGUUCAGCAGAUGGGCGCCAACAUCAAGGAGCGGCAGAACAUCUUCUUUGACAUGGAGGCCUACCUGCCCAAGAAGAACGGGCUCUACUUAAAUCUGGUCCUUGGCAAUGUGAAUGUGACGCUUCUCAGCAACCAGGCCAAAUUUGCCUACAAGGAUGAAUAUGAGAAGUUCAAGCUCUACCUGACCAUCAUCCUGCUCCUGGGGGCUGUGGCGUGUCGAUUUGUCCUUCACUACAGGGUGACGGAUGAAAUCUUUAACUUCUUGCUGGUGUGGUAUUACUGCACCUUGACCAUUCGGGAGAGUAUUCUCAUCAGCAACGGCUCAAGAAUUAAAGGCUGGUGGGUGUCUCACCACUACGUGUCCACGUUCCUGUCUGGAGUGAUGCUGACCUGGCCAAACGGACUAAUUUAUCAGAAGUUUCGCAGUCAGUUCUUAGCGUUUUCCAUUUUUCAAAGCUGUGUCCAGUUCCUGCAAUAUUAUUAUCAGAGGGGCUGCCUCUACCGGCUGCGGGCCCUGGGGGAGAGGAAUCACCUGGACCUCACGGUGGAAGGAUUCCAGUCCUGGAUGUGGCGGGGCCUCACCUUCCUCCUGCCUUUCCUGUUCUGUGGCCACUUCUGGCAGCUCUACAAUGCCGUCACGUUGUUUGAGCUCUCCAGCCACGAGGAAUGCAAAGAAUGGCAGGUGUUCGUGUUGGCACUCACGUUCCUUGUCCUCUUCCUCGGCAAUUUUCUGACCACACUCAAAGUCGUGCACGCCAAACUCCAGAAGAACAGAAACAAGGCAAAGAAGCCGUGAGCCACAGGACUCGUGUGCGCCU